AUGGCCACGCAAAAGAAACGUCUGGAACAGAUGGAGAAGAUGGUAGAUGACUUGCAGACAACGGUCGGCUCGGUAGCAGGCAAGGUCGAGGGUUUGGAGGGUUCCAUGGCAUCCGUUGAGAGCACCCUAGCCUCCAUCCUGGCACAACUUCGGAACUUGACCAAGACUCGUGGGCCUGAAAUCACGGGCGAGAAGACAACCCCUCCACCUGGCGGUGGUGGACUGCAGGAGCCUUCGUUUCCGCGGAUGGAUCUUCCUAUAUUUGAUGGCACAGACCCUAUUGCCUGGCUUGCCCAAUCCGAGCAAUACUUCUUAGUCCAUCGAACACCACUUUCGGAUCGUGUGCAGUUGGCGCUUAUUGCCAUGUCGGGGCGAGCAAUAUUCUGGGCCCAAUGGGUUUUGCGUCGCUCCGCCUCCAUUGAAUGGAGUCAGUUUUCUCAAGAGCUUAUUGAACGGUUUGGCGAUAGUUCGGCUAUCAACGCCUAUGAAGCUAUGCAUAUCACGCGCCAAACCGGUUCCUUGGAAGAGUAUUUGGCCUUAUUUGAAGAACGAAUUGCGCAGCUUCCGGAGCUUCCACCAGCUCAAUAUUUAGGUAUGUUUUUGGGUGGUCUUCACUCCUCCGUUCGGGAUCGAAUUACUGAGUCAGAUUCAGUGAAUGUUUUUACCGCCAUCCGGGCAGCCCGCCGCAUCAGCCGUUCUUCGCGAGGAUCAUCGCAGCCUCCUCAGUCGUCUUUCCCCAGCACCGCCCCCCUGCGAUCGACAGCAUCUUUUCGGGGAGGGGCGCCAGUUAUUGGGUCGACACCCGCAACAUCUUUUCGGGGCGGGAACUCUGCAGUCAGUGGAGGGUUUCGAAAUUCCACUCCCACUCCCAACGCUUCUGGGCAAUCAGCUAAUAAUUCUUCCACGGCUUCCUCCGGAAUCCGAGGGAAUCGCAAGUCGCGCCACCUAACGGAGGACCAGAUCAAGGAAUAUCUCGCACAGGGAAAGUGUUUCCGCUGCAGUCAGCCAUAUGGACCGCUGCACAAGUGCCCAUCACAAUUCUUAAACGUCAUCCUGCUGGGUGACGGGGACCCGCCAGAGGAUUCAGCGAAAUUGGACCUGGAGGACCACACGCUAGAGGAGUUCCCUUCUCUCGAGCCUGAGCUACAACACUUGCAACUGUCCAAGUUGUCCUCUAAGGGGUUCGAUGGCCCACGUACAUUGGAGCUGUUUAGUGCGGUGGGUGGUUUCAAACUACUCACGAUGAUUGAUAGUGGAGCUAGUCAUUGCUUCAUCUCCGAGACAGUGGCUUCAUCCUUACAAUUGCCUGUUGAACCAACGUCAACACAGACUGUAGUUCUCAGCGAUGGCUCACGGGUGCACAUCACCGGCGUUUGUAAGGCUGUCCCUUUGAAACUUGAUUCUCAACUAUUUCUUGUUACUUGUUUCGUUUUUCCCUUGAGCAGUGUUGAUGUGAUUUUGGGGGUCUCUUGGCUCGCCACCCUUGGCGAUGUGACCGCCAACUGGUCUAACCUCACAAUGGAGUUCUAUUAUCAGGGCACACGUGUUUGCCUUCGUGGUGAUCCUUCACUGACUCGCCGAGCGUGCACCAAAAACGGAAUCCUCACCUUUAACGUCGGCAGAUCAGAUUUUCCACAUGUUACUAGCGCCCCAGCGGGCCUGACCCCGCAGCGAGCAGGCGAUCACCGGAUUGUUCCGAAGGAAGGCACCUCACCGGUCUCGGUGAGGCCAUAUCGAUAUAAUCACUCUCAGAAAGACGAGAUGGAGAAACUUGCAGGAGAGAUGCUAGAGGCCGGCAUUAUCCAACCGAGUAACAGUCCGUACCCGAGCCCGGUAUUAUUGCAAACUCGAUCUAUGCGCCAGAUAUCACCAAAUACGGGUGGGCCCUCAAGAGAACCGACCAUUGAUCGAAAAGGCAGUUCGGUGGACCAGGUGCUUAUUCAGUGGCAAGGCUUGCCUGACGAUGAAAGUACUUGGAGGGACGUUGCGGAUGUUCGCGGACAAUUUCCAGAUUUCAGCCUUGAGGACAAGGCUGCUUCGUCGACCGGGGCAGUUGAUAGAGAUGCGCAGAGAGGAGUUACUGCAGCCCAGGCUGCUGUGGGCCUGGGCCUCUUAGCGUUGGUUAAUUAA